AUGAAGAUCAACCCCCAAAUUGUCUCCAGCACAUUCCGAACGUACUUGAGUUGGGCGUGGUUCGUGUUUCAAAUCAUCCCAUUCAUUCAAAUAUGCCUCGCCUGUCUACCACUUGUCCGCGCCAAGGACGACCUCUCCGACAUCCCUUUGACCGGUGCCCAACGAAAGCUGCUCGGUCUUCCGCCAACUUCCGCCCCGCCGACUCCAGAUGCCAAGUUCAGUACGCCUCCACGGUACUCGAGGACGCCUUCGAUUGCUGGAUCUGUCGGAAGCAGGGGCAGCUAUGCUAGCUCACCGCUGUCCGGACGAGGCAGUCCGCUUAUUCAGGGCUCCUUCGGGGCUUCUGGUUCACAAUACUCCCCAGUGGGUAGCCCGGUCUUUCAAAAAAGUAUUAGUGGGCUAGGAAAUGGUCGACGAUCAUCCUUUGGAUCAGGCAGUCCCUUUGCUCAGAGUACGUCGGCAAACUUGUUUUCGGAUCCAGGCUCUCCCAGCCCCUCUGGAGGCAAGCGCACAAGUGUAGGGCUCAACAGCAAAUGGCUGUAUGAGAGAGGGAGACGGUCCUCUAGCAGCGCAUGGCUUCAUUAG